AUGGAAACAGUCCCAUUUUCCGGCCGGCGAAGAAGGGGGUACAACAGGCUGUCGCCGCCGCACCGGAGGAGCCUGAAGGUGGCAAAGUUCGGCGGCAGCCGUCGCUCAUGGCGGCUGAGGAUGGGCGCGCCGAAGCUGCGGCUAAUAAGGCUGGCGGCGUCGCCGCUGCGGCUGUGGUACAGGCUCAAGAACGCGUACAUGAACAUGAUGCUCCGGGUUCGGCUCGGCUCAGCUCCAGAGUUCGGCGGGAAGCGGAUCCCGGAAGCUCGAGCCUCUCCCGUGGCGUACUCGAGGAGCGAGUUCGAGAACCGGCUCGUCUUCGAGAUAUAUAAGUCUAUGGUGGCUUCUUUCGAGCUCGGCUACAGCAAAAAGCCGUGA